AUGUCUACACGACAAACACGUAGCAAAAGUCGAGGUCGAGCUGCCAAUAAGCCUAUAAGACCUCUGUCUCGUGUUCGAACCAACACUUCUUUUUCGGACCCUGAUUACGAUCAAUCGACACCUGAGCCGAAGACUGCAUCCACUCCCUCGCCGACAUGGGGCAAAUUUCCACGCAAGACAGCUGAACCUCAAGGCUUCAGGGCACCACAAGGUAUACCUUCAGUGCCACUGAUCAGAUCAGAUGGCCGCCGCUACUAUAUGAGCAGCGCCUGUGGUCCUGUGAGCUAUUCGCCAGCCGGGAAGUUCCAAGACCGCGUCACUAGCUCCAAUGCCUCUCGCGCGAAGGCAAUGGUUCUCCCAAACUUCCCUGAGCCAGCUAUCCCUUGGCCAAAUCCUAAUUUCCCUAGAAGAUCUGCAUCACGUCCGAAGCAUGUCGAGAUAUCUCGAUUCGAUAAGGACGAGGAAGAGCGCUUGCGAGCAUCGUCCACUUGGAGAAAGAAAAGACCUGAUACUCCUUCUUCCGCCCGAGCCACCAUGUUUGAUUUCCCCUCCAAGAACAGCUUCUGGCACCCGCUCGAAGGUUUUGUACCACGCUCUGGCUUCGUCUGGCUAGUACUAAUAUUCCUCGGCAUUCUUUUGGGGCUCUCCACCCCUCCCCAGGAAAAUCCGGUACAGGUUGCAUAUAAAGAAGUAUGUAGCCGUUUUGGCAAUCCUGUUGAGUGGAAUUGCAAUGGAAACUUCAACUUCACUAUCGACAAUGUUGUCAGCCAUUGUCACAACGCUGCUGACGCAAUCUACGACAAUUUGCACAUGGCUGGCGUGAAGACAAAUGUCGAAGACCUGGUGCACACAUGCCAGGUGUCGAUUGAGGCUCGCAAGGGCAAGCUCGAGUACAUGUUCGAAGGUAUGGAAAAGGCGACUGCCAACUUCAAGAAAUCUCUGUGUGCUCUCCCAAGGGCGGAAAAGUGGGACAGAUGUGUUAAGAAGUCGUACUCCAAGCUCAGCAAGCCUUUCGCGAUGCUUGGAAGCGUUUUCCGGGGCCCAAUUACCAGUACCGGAAUCAGAGUUCCAAGACCUUCCAAGCCUUCAAGCCCGAGACUCAGGGAGAGCAUUACCAUACAAGAAGUUGUCGACUCUCCUGCCAAUCCGAUCGCUCGUGUCGAACACGUAGCCAACAGCGUCGUCGCGUCGUUGGCGGGCCAAGUGAAGAGCCAUGCAUCCUCGGCGCUGUCAUCCGUUAGUUCUGCCUACCUGCCCAUUAUCGCGAGUGCCGUUAGUAGCGAUCACACUCCAGAGAUAAUGGAGACCGUAGCGGCCUCUGCAGGCUCGAAUCUGUCCGCCGGCAUUGAAGCGGUCUCUAAGAUCAAGGAUGUCGAGCUCAAAUACACCUUGGCGGUCGCGAAAGCAGAACUCAAGAUGUUGCAGCAGAACGACACUUCCAUCGUCGCACACAUUACCGAUACUAAGCGCCACCUUAACGCUCUCUUGAUAACAGCGUGGGAGCUUCAGAAGGAGAUUGACCAAUUCUCGAUCUGCAUGAUUCGAACAUCCGAGAUCGCCAUCAGCGAGCUUUCCAAGACGAUUACCUACGGACCUUGGACUGAUUCGUGGUUCAGCCUGUCUCGUUCAGGCUGGAUGGUUACACCUGCCGAUAAAGCAUUCAAGGCACUCAGCAAUCCACCUGUUGAAUGCCAAACGUUCUUGGUCCGCAUACACCAGAAGGUGCAAGGCGCACUCGAAACAGGCAAAGGACUGCUCAAAGAAAUCGAGAGAGUCAUCGAGCUCUCCUAUCACCGCGACUUUGCAAAGAAGAGUCUGCUCUAUGUUCCUGUUCCUCUUCCUUGGGUGAGACCUCUCGGACCUUUUCCCAACUUCCCCGUCAUCAGACUACCUGCCAUUCGUUGGAAUCCUUGGUACUGGUUCCGCGAUGAAGCCUACUGGUAUAGGAUUCGCACACAAGAGCAACGCGAACAAGGUCUCAGACUCCACCGAUUACGCUCAACCCUCCACCAACUCCGCGAGGCUACCGAGGGCUUCGAUGAUAUCAGGAAUCUUCUUGAACGUGCCAUUGUUAACUUGUUGGACGCACACAAGGACCUUGAGUCUCACCGUGAACAGGUCCUUCAGAACCCCAAGUUUGGUGUGCCAUUCUUCUUGGAUAAGACUCAGACUGUGAGGGAGGAUUUAGCUGUGGCUAUCAAGCUUAGGGAUGGAAGAAAGCGUGUUAAGAAUUAUAUCAAUGCGGAGGCGUGGAAGCGAUAUAACAACGGAGAUGACCAGCGCGGUGUGUUUGUUGUUAAAGAGAUGAGACUGUAA